UGCUCCCCUUCCCCAUGGCUCCGGAGCAGAGGCGGGGCCUGUGCGUCAGCUGUCCUAGAAAAGGCGGCGGGCCGGACCCAUUGAGGUGACAGCUGCGCUAGAACACAGCCAAGCCAGACACCACCAUGAGUUCCGCCCUUUUCAGCCUAGACGGCCCGGCGCGCAAUGCGUUCUGGCCCUCGGAUCCUGCGCCCUUCUACGAGCCUGGCAGGACCAGCAAGCCGGCCCGCCUGACCGAGCCCAGCGCCUCUGCCCCCGCCAUGUAUGACGACGAGAGCGCUAUAGACUUUAGCGCCUAUAUUGACUCCAUGGCUGCGGUGCCCACCUUGGAGCUUUGCCACGACGAACUCUUCGCCGACCUUUUCAACAGCAACCACAAGACGGGCACAGCGGGCACGGCCAGCGCCCUGGAGCUGCUACCUGGCAACCUCGCACGAACUGCGGGCAACGCAGCCCCGCGACCACUGAAGCGCGAACCGGACUGGGGCGACAGUGAUGCGCCGGGCUCGCUGCUGCCUGCGCAGGUGGCCGCGUGCGCGCAGACCGUAGUGAGCCUGGUGGCCACUGGGCAACCAACACCACCCACGUCACCGGAGCCGCCGAGGGGCAGCCCGGGGCCGAGCCCCGCGCCAGGCCCGAGCCCCUCGCCAGGCCAGGCCCGGGAGAAGAGCUCCGGCAAGAGGGGCCCCGACCGCGGAAGCCCAGAGUACCGGCAGCGGCGCGAGCGCAACAAUAUUGCGGUGCGAAAGAGCCGGGACAAGGCCAAGCGGCGAAACCAGGAGAUGCAGCAGAAGUUAGUGGAACUGUCGGCUGAGAACGAGAAGCUGCACCAGCGUGUGGAGCAACUAACGCGGGACCUGACCGGCCUCCGGCAGUUCUUCAAACAGCUGCCCAGCUCGUCCUUCAUGUCGGCCACCGGGGCUGCGGACUGCCGGUAACGCGUAGCCCGGGGUUGGGGCGCGGGGACACUCACCAACAAUCCAUACCUCAGACCCGACGGGCCGGAGCGAAGUGCGCCCUGCUGGGACGCUGCGAGAGCCACUAGGAGCCCGCUGCAGUUUCUUUGGGACGUGUGAGUGAAAGGAAGAUCCAGCCUGGACUUGGCUACCACUGAACUUUGAGAGAAGCUAUACAUGUUUAUUUUCCCUUAAAUUAUUUUAUAAUGGUAGCUUUUUCUACAUCUUACUCUUAUUGAUGCAGCUAAGGUACAUUUGUAAAAAAAAAAAAAGACUUAAGACAACCUUUGUAUUGUAGAUAAGAAGAAAAGACUGAGCAUGCCCACUUUUUUAUAUAAUUUUUACAGUAUUUGUAAGAAUAAAGCAGCAUUUAAAACCACUCUGA